AUGGGAUUACACGAAACUGAUAUGCAAAGCCUUGUGUUCUUGAUUCUCUUUACUUUCUUGUUUCUUCUAUCCUUCUCAGGAUCUGUUGAUGCAUACAAGAACUACACUGUGGGUGAUUCUUUGGGAUGGUAUGACAAUAUUGAAAAGCCUAAUGUUGAUUACCAAAAGUGGGCUUCUACCAAGAACUUCAACCUGGGAGAUUUCCUCAUUUUCAACACAGACAACAAUCAUUCAGUCAUCCAAACAUACAAUUUCACAACCUACAAACUCUGUGAUUAUGAGGAUGCCCUGGACAAUGACACAAUCCAAUGGUCAUCUGAUGAUCCAUCAUCCACCACACCACACCCUGUUUCUGUUGCAGUUCCUCUUGUCAAAGUGGGAAUGAAUUAUUUUUUCUCAAGUGAUUAUGAUGGAUGGCAAUGCCAAAAAGAGCAGCAUUUUAAGAUUAAUGUGACUUAUGGCCAAGGAUUACCUCCAAGUUUAAAGACGCCGUCUAACGAUUCUCCAGCCCCGAUCAGCCCAGAAUCCGGCGACGACGAGUCGGCUCCGGAAACGUUGGUUCCAUCUAAUUUUGAUAAUCCUAAGGAUACCAGUGAUGAUACAGAAGAACCAUCUCAAUGUGUUCCUCUAUUUGCUUUUUCAAGAGUCUUUGGCGUUCAAUUGAGUGCAGUUAUAGUUUUGCUAGGACUUUUCUGUAUUUAUUGA